CACAACCAUAAUACCAUACAAAGCCAAGCCUCCAAAAACUGCCUCAGAGCUGAAAAAAAGAAGAGAUACAUAGAAGAUGGCUCUUGUUAUUGCUGAUGAAAUCAAGGCCAAGGCGGAGGUCUACUAUGAUGAUGAGAUCUGUCAACAAUGCACAAGGCUCUUGCUCAAGGAAGCAGGCCUCCCAAAUGGCCUUCUUCCCUUGAAGGACAUAAUGGAGUGUGGCUAUGUUGAGGAAACUGGAUUUGUGUGGCUCAAGCAAAAGAAGAGGAUAGACCAUGUCUUCCAAAGCUUAGGAAGGUUGGUAUCUUAUGGCACUGAGAUCACUGCUUUUGCAGAGAAGGGGAGGAUCAAGAAAGUCAAAGGGAUCAAGACUAGGGAGCUCAUGGUGUGGGUACCAGUAGAGGAGAUUGCCCUUGAUGAACAAAAGACUGGGAAACUCAUCUGCAAGAGCAUUGCUGGGAUUACGAAAACCUUCCCUGCAUCAGCUUUCCAGAUACCAGAGAAGGAGGAGAAGAUUACCUGUGCCAUACCAAAACCAGUGGUACUAAUGGAGAGAGCUCAUCAAGUUAUCAAGAACAAUUGAUCAUUCUGCCAUCCCUUGGUCCACAGAUCAUUACCAGCUCUGCAAUCCUAUAAUACUGAAAUAAUGAACACUGAUGAUCUACUAUUUGCUUAUGUACUUCAAAAGGCGAUAACACAAAAGUCUUUCCUAAAUAUAUACUGCUUACGUAUGAUUGCAAUGGCAUCAAUAGCCCUGUAAGGCAACUAAACAACUUCCUGUUCUGUACUAAAUAGCUCAUGUAACGCAAUAUGCGCCAUAAUAUAAAAAAUCAUAUGAUUA